CCAAUUUACACUACCAUUAGGGAUGUAGUGGAGGCUAAACGCAUGUAAACACUACGCACCUCCUGAAAUUCGGAAAUAUCGUUUACGCACCAUUGCGUUUAUCCACCUUUUAAAUAGUAUACCGUUCAUAAACAAUUCUAAAUUAAGCUUAUGUCGUUUUACAAUUGUCUAUAGUUUUAUAUUUCAUAUUGUUGAACCUGGCCUGCGCAACACAGUUUGUCCAUAUUGCUCUGCAUUAUGUUGUCAGUGACCAAUCGUCUUGCGGCAGGAAGCAACAACGAUUAGUCACACCGCAUGUCAUGUGGGCCUAAUUGAGUUAAUGGAUUUUUUAAAUGGAUAUAGGCGUACUCCGAUUUCUGAAGCGUCAAGACAGCAUCCCUCAUACUGAUUAUGCCAGAAAACGGCCUCGACUACAAGCCAAAUAAUUGCGUAAUACCAGGACAACAACAUGGCCUUCGGAAUCCUCAGGCUCCCACUCUUCUCUUUGAUGGCCUUGGCCCUAAUGAACCCCUGCACUGGUGCCCCUGAUACUCGUCAAAGGGAGAUGCUGAUGCGACAGGAGGCCUCCAGGCAGACAGGGGGCAGUGUGGUUUUGACUCCUGCUGAGCUGCAGGUGGAUGCAUACCUGCAUAAGUUGAAGGUGAAGGAGAUGGCAUCUGUUCCGUUCCCUCCUUCCAUACAUUUCUUCAAAGCUCGCCCACGCAUCCAGAAGAGUCCUGUCUUUAAACUCUUACAGAAAAUGCCAAAAGGCGCAGCUCUCCAUGUGCACAGCACAGCCAUGGUCAGCCCUGAAUGGCUGGUGAGGAAUGUCACCUACAGGCCCAACUGCUACAUCUGUUUCACGUGGGGUGGCUCAGUGCGGUUCCUGUUCUCAGAUGGACAGCCCUACCCACAGUGGGACUGUCUCUACUGGCAGCUCUUACAAAGCCUCAGAGCCCGCAUGGUUGACCCUGCUAAGUUUGACAAAAGCCUGAUCCAAAACCUCACCCUGUUUACUGAGGACCCAGAGUCUGCAUACCCAAGUGACGACGCUGUGUGGGCGAGGUUUGAAGAUGCUUUUAGGAUCAUCUCUGGACUUGUCACCUAUGCAGCUGUGUUUAUGGACUACCUUUACCAAAGCCUGGAAGAAUUCUAUGCAGACAAUGUUAUGUAUGUCGAAAUCAGGAGUGGUUUGACCAGGACUUAUGAGCUUGAUGGCAGCAUCCAUGACAAAAUUUGGUCCCUAAAAGCCUAUAGGGAUGUGAGUGCAAAGUUUUCAACUAAACAUCCAGACUUUUUGGGGUUAAGGAUCAUACUUUCUACACACAGGAUUCAGAGAGUAUCUACAAUCAAGGCUGCAAUCAAGGAGGCUAUUGAAAUGCAAAAGAAUUUCCCAGAACUAAUUGCAGGGUUUGACUUGGUGGGGAGGGAGGAUGAUGGGAGGCCUCUCUGGUACUUCAGGGAGGCGCUGUCUCUCCCUGCUGAGCUUGGUGUAAAACUACCCUACUAUUUCCACGCAGGAGAGACUGUAUGUGUGUGUGUGUGUGUGUGUAAAGACUUGGAGGGUACAGAUGUGGAUGCCAACUUGAUAGAUGCCCUGCUGUUCAAUACCAGUCGGAUUGGGCAUGGUUAUGCACUGCCUCACCAUCCUUUAAUCAAAGAACUUUCUAGAAAGAAUGGUGUAGCUGUAGAAGUAUGUCCGAUAUCAAACCAGGUGCUGAGGCUGGUCUCAGAUUUCCGUCAUCACCCUGCUGCAGUUCUUAUGACUGAGGGAUACCCAGUGGUCAUAAGUUCUGAUGAUCCCACCCUGUUUGGGAACCCUGGACUCUCCUAUGACUUCUACGAGGCCUUUGUUGGGAUUGGAGGGAUGAGAGCAAACUUGGGCACCUUAAAAGAACUCGCUAUGAAUUCAAUCAAGUACAGCUCUCUGUCCCCACACUUAAAGAAGAAAUUGAUGAACAUGUGGCAGGAUAAAUGGAAGAAAUUUAUUUCUAACCAAAAAGAUUAAGAAACUGAUCAUUGUAAAGACCCAGAUCCGCUCUGACCCACUCUGAGGAGGUCUUCCAACCAUAUACUGCAAAAUGUGAAAUCUAAGGAAGAAUAAGGCAGCAUAAUCUUUAAUUAAGAUAUGUUCUUUGCCUGACAUGACAUUUCUUGGUUCGUCUUAUGUUUGUUUCAAGCUGUUUUGUUCUUCUUGUAAGUAGAAAUGUUCCUGUUCCUGUUCUUAUUCAUACCAUACACCAUUUAUUUUAUAACAUUGCCUGAGAUGCUUUUGUCAAGUCUGCAAUGCUUUUUAUGGAUGAUAUUCUAGUAUGCUCUGAAAACUUGAUGAUUGAAAACAGGUGGUGAUGGGGUGAAUGACACAGCAAGCAAACAUGGAUUUUGGUGGACAGUGCAGAUUUAUUUACAGUGAAAGAAAAAAGGAGUGACCUGGGCCCGGCAAACAAAAACUUUAGUUUUCUCAGUACUGCAUGACUCUCCACAGACUCACCCUCUACUUGAGGACAGAAAACCUUCACCUUAAAUAAAGUCGAUUAGCUAAAUUGGUACAUACCACUAUGACUUAAGGAGGAGGGAGGUCUAUAACAUUAUUAUUCAUAAUUAAAUAACAACAGCACUGCAAUAUAAUAAUUUAACAGACAGCACAUAGCUAAAACCCCUGCACAAAUUAAUAACUUUCCCAUGUCCCAAUCAGGGAGUAAAUUACCCAAUUUCAGGGUGCUCCAGUUUCAUGAGGGAAGUGAAAGUGUGUGUGUGUGUGAGGGUGUUUCUGUGUUUAUGUGUGUAGGAGAAAAAUAGUCAGUUUAAUAUUACGGGAAGGGUUAGGCAGGUUGGUGAAAAGGAGGGACUACCUUUUCACAACAUGUAAUUGUUUUAUUUUACUUUGAAAAUGUAUUAUUUUUACUGUCUGAUUGAUUUUGCUGCUUUUGUAACUUGUUUUUUUUUUUCUAAAUAAAGAUUAUUAUUGUAUUGUUAUCAUAAUCAUUAUCCUAUAGAGCUGGCACGUACCUGAGAGAUGUAAGAAUAACAGUGGAGUAAAACCAUUGCAGAUGAACCCCAGAACUUUUAAUGCAAUCGCUCCCAGGACAUCUUGUCUAUAGUAAAGCUUAACCCCAAACCUGCACAGCUAAAGUCAAAUAAAGAACUACCUACACUUGUGACAGCAACACAUUCUUACCCUCUCUCUCUCUCUCUCUCUCUCUCUCUCUCAUUAACUGGCCACUCUAGUAAACAAAAUAAUAUGUUCUUUAUUCACUAACAUAAUCAGGAAAAA